AUUAACACUGUCUUAUGUCACUCAGCACACACUGGGUGAUGCUUGUGUCUCUGCAGACGUCCAUCAUGUCCCACUUAGCACUGGUGAUCGGUGUGGUCUUCAUUCAAUACAUUCAUGGAAAACCUGCAUUACCUCCUCUGCCUAUGCAAGAGGGCUGCUUCGUGGUGACUCCGGAGGUGGGAAUAUUCAGAGUGGAGGGAGAAGCCGUGAUCCUCGCCUUCCCCAUUUUCCACAGAGUCCUCGACGUGCGCAACAUUUCACCUCCAACAGCAGUGUUCCUCAUCAACAAGGCCAACGGGUCAGCUGUUGGUGCCAGUGAGGACGAGGGGCGUGUUCAGCAACAUGACAGACAGUUGUGGCUCCUCCCAGCUAAAGCCUCAGACUCUGGAGAAUAUACCUGCAUGUACAGAAAUGAGACGUACUGCGUCAGCGGCAGCAUCACUCUGCACGUGUUCGAAUCCACCUCCGUAAAUAUGGACAAACUAUUGUAUCCCAUCACAGCUGCAGCGGGUGAGAAGCUGACCUUCAAAUGUCCGUCUGUCGGUUACUUCAACAUCACAGAGCAACACGUGGAGUGGUUCAAGGACUCCGUCCCUGCCAGUGUCUCUUCAGAUGGUUCUGGGUCCAGCCUGAGAGGCCAGCUAAUGAUCCCUACAGUGAACCAGUCCCACCAGGGUCUGUACACAUGUCAGGUCCAAGUCCUCAUCAACAACCAGCAGUACAAAGUGAGCAGAGCUGUGCUGCUGCACGUGCAGGCUCCAACAGUUCACCCACCUGUGAUUGUUAGUCCACUGAAUGGGACCAUCUUUGAAAGUUUGCACGGUUCUGCUAUGGAGAUGUUUUGCAGGGUGCUCACCGACUGUCAAUCAGCAGAUUACACUCUGGUCACAUGGCUGGUGAAUGACCAAUCAGUGGAGUCAUCGUACCUUGAUGGGCGGGCUCUGCAGGGAGGAAGGAGGGUAACCAAGGUGUCAGCUGGCUGUGAGAUUGAACUGAGGCUGAUUGUCAUGGCGAUGACAGAAGAGGACAUAAAUACGGAGCUAAAGUGUGUCGCUGAGAACAAAGGGGGGAGGCAAGAAGUUGUCACUCGCCUUCGACUUGAAGACCCUGUACUUAUAUGGCUGGUGGUCGCAGUGGUGGCUGUGCUGUGUUUCCUGUUGGUGAUUUUCAUCUUCCUGUACGUCAUCUUCAAACAUAAAAACAAAACAAAAAUGGACUACAUUCUGGCUCGGCAGAACAGCACCUUCUAGCACUUCAUCAGAUGUUACCCAUCACUCCCGUCAAACUGUGUCUUGUGAAACGACAUCGUCAUGUCUGAAACGCCUCAGUGCUGCUUUUCCAGUGACUGAAUGAUUAUGUGAAUGUAUGAUUAGCAGCUAGCUCAUACUACUGUAUUACUGUUGUACUUUUAUUGUAUUAUUGUACUACUGUACUGUAUUAUUGCAGAUUUAGUGUAUUGAUGGGCUAUUUUUUCAAGUUUUAAUAAUUGUUUAAACAUUUUUGUGUAUUUUAGUAUUGCUUUAUUGUGGUAAUUUUUUAAAUCAGAGUUUUUCAUUUAGUGCCUCUUCCCUUUCCUUCCUGGGGGGCUGUAGAUAUCAUUUAACUAAUGUAGCUGAUUCUGGGGAAGUUGCAAACUGUUUAUUGUCCUUGAAUUUAAAUAAAUCAAGUUGAAA